AUGGGUAUUGGUAAUUCUCAAACAUCGCAAAGACAUCAAUCAUCUGGACAUGGUACUUCAAAUGGAAAGAAGCAGAAAAAACGUUUCUUUCGUCGAAAUAAAUCAAGUCCAACAAGAGACUUUAAUUUACCUAGUGUUAUACAACCAGCUUCUUAUCAACGUUUAUUUGGUACUCGUCGUGGUACGAGACCAAUACCUAUUUAUCCACCAUUAGAACAACCAUCACCAUCAUUCUUACCAAUAUCUUACAAUAAUUUUCGAGUUUCUUCAUACAUGCCACCUCAACCUAUGAUGAUGCUACCACCACGAGUAACACCAUUCAUGCCUGCAUCAUAUAUGGCUCCUGCUCCUUCUCCUCAACCUCCGAUAUCAAUACCAUACAUACAACAACCACAAAUACAACCUAUCUAUAAUAAUAUGGCAGCAGCUCCAACUUCCAUGCCAAUGGGUAUUUCCGCAGGAGCUAUACUUAAUCCUCCACUAUAUCCAGGAGCACCUGCAAGAUUUAUUACAGAUUGGACAGGUGGUGGUGCAAUAUCACCUGGUUUUCUUGGGCCUCCUAUUUAA